AUGAUGGAUAACGUUAGUUCAGCUUCUUCGUCAUUCGAAUCGACGACGACGUCGUCGUUGCAGUACCUUGUCGAUGUCACCGGCCACGGCGACGUGAACAUGUCUGACGAAGAAAUCCUCUUCCUGCCGCGACAGUUCCCCGGGAAAUACUCCGUUCCCAUCAACGGCUACAUCUCGCCCAUCCUCGUUCUGCUGACCAUCUUCAACAACACCCUGGUAUGUGUUGUCCUGUUGAAGCGGCACAUGCGCUCUCCCACGAACGUUCUGCUGGCCGCCAUGGCCAUAUCGGACAUGCUCACGGGUGUUUUUCCCGUUCCGAUCUUCGUGUACCUAUUCGGGACUGAACGCUUCAAAGACUACGUUCCUUACGACUGGUGUUUCGCGUACAAGUACCUCGCCGAAUACAUCCCGAUCAUAUUCCACACGGCGUCCAUCUGGCUCACCAUGGCGCUGGCCAUCCAGAGAUACAUCUACGUCUGUCACUCCUUCAGAGCCAGGACGUGGUGCACCAUAGCCAACGUCAUCAGGGGCACCGUGGCCAUCUACGUCAUAGCUGUCCUCAGCCAGAUCUGCCGAUUCUUCGAGGAGGAGUUCAGCCCGGUUGUGAUUCCGUCUCAGGUUAAGGAGAACAUGACGAUUACGGCGUGCUUCAUCUCUCCGAAACCCUGGCUGAGAAGCAUCGUGUACGUCUACUACAACAUCUACUUCUGGUUCCGCGUCAUCUUCAUCCACCUCGUGCCCUGCAUCUCUCUCGUCGUCAUGAACGCACUGCUCAUAUACGCGAUGCGGUGCGCCCAGAAGAGGAGGAUGCAGUUGUUACGACAGAACAAGAAAUCCGAGUCGAAGAAGCUCAAGGAUAGCAACUGCACCACGCUGAUGCUCGUGGCCGUGGUGGGUCUCUUCCUGUUGGUGGAAUUCCCGCUCGGAAUACUCAUGAGUAUAUCCAUAGUAGUCAACACUUUUCAGAUCAAUCUCAUAGACCUGGAGACAUUGAACAUACUGUCUUUGUUCUCCAACUUCUGCAUUUUACUGAGCUAUCCGCUCAAUUUUUUUAUUUACUGCGGGAUGAGUAAACAAUUCCGGGAGACUUUUAAGCGUCUGUUUACGGGUGGUACGCCCCCGAUCGAGCGAGACUAUUCGCAAUAUAUGACGCUCCCGACGGAGAACGGCAAAACCGCUGUCACGGGUGAUGAGACGGCGUUAUAAGGUGAUGUCGUCGCAACUGUAGUGUAAUUGAAAGGUUUAUUUAUUACAAAUCAUGUGAAGAGUCCAGGGGAAAAACGAUCUAAGUCACAAUUCGGUUACAUUUGAUAUUUCCCCAUUAUAUUAAUCUAGUGUCAUCAUGGUUUAAUUGUGUAUUUGUGAAACUGGUUAAGUUGUUAUGUUGUUGUUCUUGUAAAACAAUUCAUUCUGCUAGCUUUCAUCAUUGACAAAUAUAUUCACUUUCAGGAAAUAAUUAUCAGUGUCCACAUGACACAAUUGAAAAAAUAUAUAUUAUAAUUUUUACAAAUAAAAGCAACACAAACAUUAUAUAUUAUCGUGGAUAGUAUCAAUAACAUUCCACAGCAGUAAUGAAGUGUAGUUUAUGAGCACUGAAUAUCAACAAGUUCAAGCAGCAUCAACUUUUAAAACCAAUAUUUCACUAAAAUUGUAAAAUACGACUUGUUUUUCCCGUCGACUCUUCAUAUAUUAUUAUUAUUAUUAUUAUUAUUAUUAUAGUGUCAAAUAUAUUGGGUUGUCAAAAGAUCUAAAUCUGUAUCCCUCUCUACUGAUUAAUAUUUUUUGGACAUUGUUUAUAGCAGGAUAAUAACAUUGUACACCUGAUACAAUAUGCGUAUUUCACAUUUAUGGUAAACGUUUCAGGGAUGCAUAUCUAAUGCCUUAUAAAUAGUGACAAAAUCAAAAUUGCAUGUCAAAAGAUGUUAUGUCGGAGUCGCAGGCACGUAUGGUAAUGCAUGUCUAGAACGCAGCAAGUGCUAUUGUGUUUCACUUCCGUGACGUCUAUUGGUCAAAUACCGCCUGUUAAUAGCAGGUGGCUUGUCAGAUUUAUGUUUUGACUUAUUUGUACUGGAAAAUCUCUCAUAAAUAGAUAUUACUCCCAAGAUUUUUCUACACGGUGUUCAGUGUGGACGACAAAGCUCUUACUGAAGGUCAUUGUACUGAAUAUUGAAUGAAUGUCCCAGAAAACAUUGUAAGAUUAGUUCUGUAAACUAUCUUUCCAAGAAGAUUAAAGACUCUUGAUCAACAGGAGACCGAGAGCAGUGUUUGAACAGACUCGUUGAUUAUCUCUUUGAGUAAACUAAGACAAGUCCAAUUUGAAUCAGAUUUCUGACAUUAUAGUUUCCACAUGUAACUGUGAUUACGUCACUAUUUAGAAGGCAUUCGACUUGCAUACUUUGAACGUUCUACCACAGAUGGAUAAUUCCAAUAGAAUUCAAUAUCAUUUGCAAGUUAUUAUUAUUAUCAUCCUGGUGUAAACACUUUUAACGUUACUAUUCAGUAAAGAGUAAUACAGUUUCCUAAGGGACACCCGAUAUAAUAUAUAUACAUAUUACAUAUGUUGAAAGAUACCAAGGAAAUAUAACGUGUGAAAGUAUAUUAAAAUGCUGUGUAUAUUGUUGAAGGUUAAUAUGUAUAUUAUAAUAUGUGUUCCAAAUUACUAGAAACAUUGCUUUGUUUUGGUGAUUCAUCAUAUUCAGCAUUCUUACGAGCAUAUUUAUGUUAACAGUUGGUAGUUGGGAGCAACGCCUGAGUGGGUUCGCGAAAGCCUAUACCAAUGUAUAUGAUUUAAUGAUAGAGACAGACAAAUAGUGUGCGCGCGCGCGCGUGUGUGUGUGUGUGUGUGUGUGUGUGUGUGUGUGUGUGUGUGUUCUUUGUGUGUGUUCUUUGUGUGCGUGUUUCUAUGUUUGUAUAUAUAGUGUUCUGUUUGUCUGUUAGAGAGAGAGAGAGAGAGAGAGAGAGAGAGAGAGAGAGAGAGAGAGAGAGAGACAGGGAUAGAGAGAAAGAUACAGGGGGAUUCUGUUGCAAAUUUAUACGAGACAAAAAUUAUUAUGCCUUCACUUAUUCUUUAUUCGUUUAUGUAGCUAGUUUGAUUUGACGUAGGUAACUAAUGGUGGCGGUCCCUAAACAUACGGGUAUACAGACUUUAACAAAACUGGCCUACGUCUUAAUCUGACCGUGCCACGGAGCAGUCAGUUUUAUCAUUAUAGUGAAAGUCUCGAUCCAGUAUUGGCAGUCAGUUUGGUUGAUUUUUUCUAAAGGUGCAUGUUUCUUUAAAACAUUUUAUGGUCCUUCUGUUUGAAACUUAGAAUUUCUUGUUUAAAAUAGUCAUCGGUUCUUUUCUUUUUAAAACGACACCAGUAGAUUUAU